AUGGGCUUCAAAGAUGAAAUCCAUCUAGCACAUCAUCAUACACAAUGGGCCGCUUCACAACCAGACGCUGUCCUUAGCCCAAUUGAAGGAUUCAGAGGGAUCGACAAGGGAGAUUGGAACUCUGGACAUGCAAGUUAUAUCCAAGGUCCAUGGCAGAGUAUCGUCAUCAAGAAGGACAUGGGCCGUUUUCUUGAGAUACUAGCUACUGCCGUUGAUGAUGAGCUUCAGUAUGCUAUUCCUGAGUAUAUCAAGCCUAAGGAUGGUGAUGAGGUUGAUGUUUACGAGGCUAUGAAGUGGAUUGUAGCUCAAGUCUCGAGUCGGUUCACUGUUGGCCUUCCUCUCUGUCGCGAUAAGGAGUAUUUGAAAGACUCACUCGCUUUUGCAGAUCUGUUCAUAUUGAAUUCUGGGCUGUUGAUCUACACUCCAUUACUUCUGAAGCCGCUGAUUGGGUUCCUCGUCACAUUGCCAACACGGUACAGACGAUGGAAGAUUCAAAAGCAUAUCCAACCACUUUAUGAGGAGAGAACUAAGAAGCUACUGAAUCCUGGGCUCUAUGAGAAGGGUGAAGAACCGAUAGACAAUCUGCAGAUGAUGAUGCGAUAUGCUAUCAGCAAGCAUGGUAACCAAGUUACGCCAUCUCAGAUCUCUGAUCGGCUUUGUCUUGCAAGUCUUGCCUCGUUCCACCAGACUGCGGUUGCUAUCAGCAAUGUUUUGCUCAAUAUCGCAGCGUCAGAUGCCGAGUUCAAUACCGUUGCAGUUAUCCAAAAGGAGAUGGCUGAUAAAGAUAGUGUUCUCAGAGAAUCGAUGACAACACAUGGCUUUGGAAACAGAGCCAUGAUUCGCAAGGUUGUUGCGCCUGAUGGUCUCAAAACUCCAGACGGCCAUGCUCUUCCCAAUGGCUCAACCAUGUCAAUCCUCUCGUAUCCGGUUCAUCGAGACCCUGAUAUAUACGAAGACCCUGAGAAGUUCUACCCUUUUAGAUUCUCCAAUAUGAGGACAAGUCCCGAUGGCAAAGACACUAACCCAACUCUGUCGUUUGUAUCGACUUCUCAAACAUAUCUUCCUUUUGGACAUGGAAAACACGCUUGCCUGGGACGAUUUCUUGUUGAUUUCGAGAUGGAGAUGAUUUUGUAUCAUGUUUUGAACCGUUUUGAUAUUGAGCUGCUUCCUGAGCAUAAUGGAGUUCGACCGGAGAGUCGGCAUCUGUUCAACCAGGAAAGACUCGUCGUCACAAGCCCGGAAGGUCUCAAAGAGGUGCUUGGUCAGAACAGCUAUGACUACGUCAAGCCUCAUCUCCUCCGCGCAAUGGUCGGCAAGAUCUUGGGUUAUGGGCUGCUCCUAUCAGCAGGAGAUGUUCACAAGUUGCAAAGAAAGAAUUUGAUGCCGGCAUUCAGCUUCCGUCACAUCAAAGAACUAUAUCCCGUCUUCUGGAGCAAUGCACAAGAACUAGUCCACGGGAUCGAAAAGGAACUCAAAGAAGAGUCAACCUCAGAGAUUGAUAUUGUCGACUGGGCGAGUCGAGCCUCUAUGGAUAUCAUCGGUUCUGCAGGAAUGGGCCACGAGUUCAGGUCUCUUGCAGAUCCAAGCAUUGAGGACACUAUGAAGAUGUAUGGGUCAAUGGUCAAGCAGAGCCGUGGUGCUAAGCUCUUGACGGUCCUUCAGCUGGUGCUACCCUCCAUUAUCACGGAUUACCUCCCAUUUCAGAGAAACAUGGGCGUUUUGCCAGCCUCUAAAGCGGCGAGGGAGACAUCCCAGCGACUCAUCAACGCGAAGAAGGUUCAGAUGGCUGCCAAGGAGAAACUAUCGCCUGAUAUAAUAUCUACGGCACUUGAGUCUGGUCAUUUCACCGACGAAGGACUCGUUGAUACGAUGAUGACUUUCUUAGCUGCUGGGCACGAGACCAGUGCGGCAGCGCUAACCUGGACAAUCUUCCUUCUAGCAAAGAAUCAUGAUAUCCAGGACCGCCUUCGAGAGGAGAUUCGACAGAAUGUUGACGGUCUUACAGACGACGUUGACGCCAAAAGGCUCGAUAGCCUCUCCUAUCUCCAUGCAGUCUGCCAAGAAUCACUCAGGCUCUACGCACCAAUCCCCUUCACCGUCCGCGAUGCCCUCAAAGACACUCAAAUCCUCGGAACAUUCAUCCCCAAAGGAACUAUGGUCGUACUCUGUCUCUGGGCCAUCAACAGAGCCCACGAACUCUGGGGUCCAGAUGCAGACGACUUUAACCCUGAGCGAUGGAUGGCCCCUGGACAAGCCAACUCAGGCGGUUCAAAGAGUAACUACGCAUUCCUGACAUUUCUACACGGACCUCGAGGCUGCGUCGGUCAGAAGUUCUCACUGGCUGAGCUCAUGGCCCUCACAUGCGUAUUGGUAGGGAGAUACAGGUUUGACAUUGACAAGGACUACGAGGUACGGGAUAUCACGGAUGGGAUUGUGGCGAAGCCAAAAACUCUGAGGGACUUGUUGGUCCUGGGGAUUGUUGCAGAUCCGGCGCCCUUCAUUUUGGGGUUCAAGUUUUCGCUCGAGGUUUUCGCUCUUCUUCGAGCGUCAGCUUUCUCGUACUCUUCACUCUUCAUCCAAGCCAUCAUGUCAAUAGCAGACGGUUCCUACGCCCGAGGCGAUCUUCUCAACGGCUGUAAAGACAUUAUCCCAGGCCUUCAGAAUGCCUACGGCUACGUUCCCAGCCUAGCAGCUGGAAUCGUCUUUUGUCUCAUCUUUGCAGCUACGGGGAUCUAUCACAUCGUUCGAUCGUUCCAGAAGCGAAAAGCCACUUCGUACCUCCUAGCCAUCUCUUCGUACAUCGAACUCAUUGGCUGGAUUGGUCGAACGUGGUCGUCGAAGUGCGCUUAUAACAAGAUUGCUUUCCUUCUUCAGAUCACUACCCUCGUCGUCGCACCCAUCUUUGUGGCUGCUGCCAUUUACGUCACGCUGGGAUAUCUGAUCAAGGCGGCUGGCGGUGGUGGUCUUGCUUCGGGGGCAGCGAACAAAGGCAAAGACACCAAGCCAGGCGCCAAGCUGAUGGUAUCUGGUAUCAUCUUCCAACUCGUCAGCAUGACUGACUUUUGCACUCUCUUUGCAAUCUUUGUCUUGAGAACACGGGGUCGUGAACUCACCAAGGGUCAACGUUUUGUUAUUUACGCCACAAUCACAUCCGUGGUGUUUGUGUACAUCCGAUGCAUCUACCGAACGGUCGAACUUCUUGAAGGUUGGGAUGGGAAGUUGAUGAAGACUGAGGGAUACUUUAUUGGUCUUGAUGGUGUUUGUAUCGCAGUUGCUAUUCUGGUCUUUUGUAUCUUUGAUCCAGCUGUGCUGCUCGAUCAUGACAAGCAGCCCGAGCUUUCUUUCAACGAGCUCAACAUUGGUUCUGCGAAAUGA